UCCCGUGAUAACGUGUUCAAAACCAUUGUGAAUUUUGUGAAUAUUAGAGUUCCAUAUUUUGUAAAUAUUUGAAAUAGUUGAAUAAACCUUAUUAUUACUGUAUUUAGUUAUACUACUAUGGCUAGUAAAUUUGAAGGAUCGAAAACUGUGAGUGAAGACGAGAACACUACAUCCAAAGAUAUGACGCUUGCCGACAAAUUAAUUAAUAUACCACUGUCAAUACCUUCUGGAGAUCAUAAACUUCAACAUCAAUAUUGGUUUUGGUUUAGUCGUAGAUUUCCCGGUAAGCCAGGAAACACCCCUAGUUAUGAUCAAAAUCUUAAAUAUCUAGCUAGGUUUGGUUCAGUUGAACAAUUUUGGACAAUAUAUAGCCAUAUGGUAAGGCCUUGUGCCUUGCAAUCACACAGUGAAUUCCAUUUAUUUAAAGUCGGAAUCAAACCAAUGUGGGAGGAUGAAUCAAAUGCCCGAGGAGGAAAAUGGGUUUUACGAAUACGUAAAGGCCUAGCAUCCAGAUGCUGGGAGAAUCUCAUUUUAGCAAUGUUAGGUGAACAGUUUAUGGUGGGUGAUGAGAUAUGUGGAGCUGUUGUUUCUUUGAGAUUUCAAGAAGAUAUAAUAUCAAUUUGGAACAAGACUUCAUAUGAUCAAGGGGCUACUAACAGAAUAAGAGAUACACUACGCAGAGUAUUAAAUUUGCCACCAAAUACAAUUCUAGAAUAUAAAACACAUAAUGAAAGUAUCAAAUCGGUAUCUAGUGUUUAUAAGAUGUAAAUUACACUAAUUAAAACCAACAUGAAUUAAAUAUAAAAAAUUCUUUAU